AAAUCGAGCUCUUCAAAUACUUAUAGAACAUGGCUGUAUCUCUCUGCUACAUUUGUUUGAUUUUUUUCAGCUUCAAAAUGAAUUACUUCGUAUAGCGUGAGCUUAAUGGACUGCGUAGAAUGAUGAGCAGCCAGAGUAUCUUCAGUAUUUGGGAGCAUUUUGUACGAAAUGAACAUACAUCCACGAAGUAAAAUCUGGUCGAAUUGGUCAAUUCUACUUCACGAAGAAGAAGCAAUCGAGUUUGGACGAUGGAAAAGUGCAAUGGAGAAAAUAAGAGAGAGGGCAAGUUGAAGAAAAAGGUGGCUGUGGCAGGGGGAGCCGGAUUCAUCGGGUCUCAUCUGGCCAAAAGCCUGAAAGACGAUGGUGGCUACUACGUAGUUGUGGGGGACUGGAAGGAGAAUGAUUUCAUGCACUGGACUGACUUCUGCCACCAAUUUUUCCUCUUGGACCUCCGAGACAUGGCCAACUGCAUCAAGUUGACCGAGGGCUGUAGUGAGGUGUACAUGUUGGCGGCUGACAUGGGCGGGAUGGGCUUCAUCAAGAGCAACCAGAGUGUCCUCAUGUUCAACAACACCCUCAUCUCAACAAACAUGCUGGAGAGUGCGAGGAGACAUCUGCACACUGUCAACAGAUACUUCUACGCCUCAUCUGCCUGUGUCUAUAAUGAACACAAACAGAUGGAGACGACCAAUCCGGGUCUGAAGGAAAGCGACGCGUGGCCCGCCAAACCACAAGACACCUACGGACUGGAGAAACUCUACAGCGAGGAGAUGGGACUGGCAUAUAUGCGGGACUUUGGACUGCAGUUCCGCUGUGCCAGAUUCCACAAUGUGUAUGGACCUAAAGGUUCUUGGAAGGGCGGGAGGGAGAAGGCCCCACCCGCAUUCUGUCGCAAGGCGAUUUGCUCCGAGACAGAAUUUGAAAUGUGGGGCGAUGGUGAACAGACCCGCAGCUUCAUAUACAUAGAUGACUGCGUCACUGGAAUCAGGAAGAUCAUGGAUUGUCCUGACCUAGACGUUCCUGUGAACCUGGGAUCCUCAGAAAUGAUAACGAUGAAUGGGUUCGCGAAACUGGCCCUGGAUUUAUGUGGGAAAUCCAAUCUUCCAAUUAAGCAUAUCGAGGGACCCGUAGGAGUGCGCGGAAGGAACAGCGACAACACUUUGAUUAAGGAGAAACUAAAUUGGGAACCGAAAGUAAGGCUAGCAGAAGGCAUGAAGGAAACAAUGAGAUGGAUCAAAUGUGAGAUAGAAAGAGAAUUGGAGAGUGGCAAAGUGCAAGAUUUGUCCAGAUACUGUUCAUCGAGAGUAGUGGCCCAGACUACUGAUUCUCUAGACCAGUUGUUGGUCAAGACUAAUGAGGACAAGGCCUCAUUGUGAACCUUCUUUUGUUAGAUAAGAAGCAGAAACUUCUGCAAUUGUCAAAUAAAAGGUGCAGCAACUUAAGAUAUUUACUUAAAUUAAAUAAAAUGUAUGUUUUAAAAAGUGGAAUGUGGGUA